UGGCAACCCUGAUCUUGUAUUUCUAGUAUCUUUGCUGCAACGUUGACGGAGCAGGCCUGUACGAUCACAAUAUUGAUGUAGGCCUACUGAAUAAUUUCUGGGGAUCAAACUGAGCCGAACGUUGUUGAUACCAAUAAGUAUACGCGUGGACUAAUCGGAUUAAAAUCUACUUUGACUUCAUCAUAGCCUAAGAUUACAUAGGCUAUGCAUGGCUAGUCUACUAGGCCUGUUGGAAUAGUAGGCUAGGCCCAGUUCUCCAAUGAUUUCACUAAGUUAGUAAGAUUCACGCAUGCAGACAGACUCAGGAAUCACACGCGCAUAACAAUAACAAACCGAGAAGGCAUUUUCGGCGGCAUCGAUAAUGAGCAAGAUAAGUAUGGAACGCCAUUCGAAAACCACCCAGCAAUGCAUUAUAUCUGGUCUAUUUGAAACAGCGUUAGGAACUUGGAAGAAUUCAAAGUUAAUGUGAGAAACCAAUGGAUUAUGCCAAACAUCUAGGCUCACCUGUAGGUUGCGGACCCACAAGGCAGAAACCAACUGGCUACAUACUGGUGAUUGGCCAGUACCUCAGGAAUUUACUUUAUGCACAAACUCCAGCACUUAUCAAAGACAGGCGAUAUCAUUUAAGACUAUUUACCAAAUGUUUUAUUGGAAAAGAUGUUGUGGAUUGGUUACUGUACCAUGAAAACUUGACAGAUAGGUCAAAGGUUGUUGAAAUGAUGGAAGUGCUAGUGAAGGGCAAUGUUAUUCAUCAUGUGACUGAUGACCACGGUUUCAAAGAUGAUUAUCUGUUUUACCGUUUUCGACUUGAUGACAGUUCAUUUGUGAUGAAACGAGAGAAUGAACCUUUCAUAAAAGGCUGGCAACUCUUUACAAAGCUGAGUAAAUCAGAAAAUCCUGUAUCCACAUUCCUCCAAAGCAGAACAGAAAGUAACAUCUCAUAUGAAAAGUGUUUUUAUGGGUCUGAGAUGGUAGAUUAUCUUGUCAGAAAAGGUGAAGUGGACUCACGUCAGAAGGCUGUCGUGCUUGGCAAAGAUUUACUUGAGAGUGAAAUCAUUCGCCAUGUUACAGAAGAACACCAUUUUAAAGAUGAACAUAUUGUGUAUCAGUUUCAUCCGCAUCUUGAAUCCAUCAAGUUGUCCGAUUUGUUGUCCAUUGACCUGAAGCCACGUACGGGUUCAACUUCAUCAUGCAGCUCAUCGCCAACGAAUAGCUAUGGCAUUCUACAAAAGCUGCCAUACACAUCGAACGAUGCACAACCGAAAGUGUCUAUACCAAGGCAUGCUUCAUUGCCGGGUACUUUUGAUGGAAUGACCUUAACCAGCCUUAGUGACCUCAGUUUGGGUAAGCACUUACCAGUGACCUCAUCCACAACAUCACCCUCGUCAUCACCAAGUGUGUCUACAGACACAAAAGCGCCACCAUCUGUUCUGCUUCGACAAGCCACAGUGGAAGAACUGAUGUCUGAAGACUCACCUUAUAUCCGUAAAACACUAACAAUAACAAGCGAUUCUGUAGGAUAUGGAUUUAUUGUACGAGGCAACUCGCCUUGCUAUGUACAGACUGUGGAUCCCACGGGCCCAGCAGCUGCUAAAGGCUUGAAGGUACGCCAGUACAUAUCGUCCGUCAACGGCCAUAAUUGCCUUAAGAUGUCGCAUCAUCAAAUUGCUGAUCUAAUUCUGAAGGGUGGGAACCAGGUGGCACUUGAAGUAAUGAUACACUUCAGGGAUGCCUCUAAAACAACAUGAAGAGUGAUGACAGAACAAUUUUGAUAAUAUUUUUGUCAGGAAAUUUAAUAGGAUUGAUGCUUUUGCCCUACAUGAUGUGUUAUCUUACUGAAUGCUCAGUACACUCCCAAAUACUUGUGAAAACCCACUUGGUGGUCAGUGGUUAUAACACCAGGCUAGUUAUAUGGAGGUCAUGGGUUUGAUUCCCACCCUAAUCACUUGGAAAUUUUUUUCUCAAGUAUUUGGGAAUGUACUGAACAUUAAGUAGGUAGGUCCGGUAGGGCAAACACAUCAUUCUGAUAAAAGAAAACAACAUACUAAAGAGGUGUAUAAAUCACAGUGGUGUAAGAAUUUAAAUUUUCAGCAUUCUAAAAAAACUCUAUUAUCAAGUUAUACAUCCAUGUAUACCGGUAGGCAUGAGGAUGUCAUAUCUUACCCAUAUAUCAGGUAUUUGUCACAAAAUUUGAUGACAAUUUGAAAAUAGCUUUAGAAGCGAUAUCAGGAUUCAUAACCAUCAGUAGAAUUUUAAAAUCUUUUUAACCUGAAUUAUAUGAGGAGGUGGAUUCAAUAUACAGGUUACCAUAUGAUAUUCAGUAUGGAUGUAAAAUCAAACACAUGCAGAACAGCGGUGGUGUUAACAGACUUCUCAAGUACUACGGAACGUGUGUAGUUGCAACGGAAAUAUUUGCCAAAUUUUAUGGACGUAUGGAAAUAUACAAAAAUACUAUGGAAAUUUACAUAGGCCUAGAACCAUAAAUAAAUAGGACUGAAGUCCAGGACAAAUGA